CAAAUGUUUAUGUCUGUAUGUUUAGCUCUGCGCUGUUGGGGUGUAAAAUAAAGAGUUUCAAUGCUUACUCCAGCAUUUGAACUGAGCCAGGAUGAGAAAUUUGUGUAUGUUUAUAUAAAGACUCCGUAUAUUAAGGUAGGUGCCUAAAAAGUUGGUUCCAAAAACCCAUUUUACUUAGUGUUUAAUAUUCCAAACAAGAUGGUGGAAAUUCUCUAUAAUAAUUCAGGUUUUGACUUCUACUACCAUUACAAUAUUAAAGUCCAUGUCAAGUCCGUUCUGCGCAUCAGUUCUGCUCAUAACAAAUGGGGACCCACAGAUACAAACAUUGCCCAAAUUUUGCAUCUUUCGAACUUUUUUGAAUUGAAACGUACUCUAGUUUUAAUAUUCAUUUACAAUUGUGAACCAGAAAAGUGGUAGAUAUUCAGUUAAUUAAUAUGUCUUAUUUGACAAAUAUAGCAGUUCAAAAUGUAAACAAAUCCUUUGUUUACAUUAUGGACUUGGCAUGGUCUUUAAAGGUGAUCUACAGUCCGAUCUGCGCAUGUGCACAAAUGAGCCCACUUUUUAUGAUACAAACAGUUUAACUAUGUUUUGAGUUCUUGAAAAGCCUGAUUGUUGUUUCUUGAUCAUUUAUUAUACUCUAGAAGCUUGAAAAUAUAAAUAGUUGUCGAAUAAAGCUCAAUAUUUUGGACACAAAAAUGUAAACAAAGGCUUUGUUUACAUACGGACUGUAGAUCACCUUUAACCAAUCAGGUGCAUUUAUUCUACAGAUUAACCAAUCAGGUGCAUUUAUUAAUUCUACCUGAUUAACCAAUCAGGUGCAUUUAUUAAUUCUACCUGAUUAACCAAUCAGGUGCAUUUAUUAAUUCUACCUGAUUAACCAAUCAGGUGCAUUUAUUCUACAGAUUAACCAAUCAGGUGUAUUUAUUAAUUCUACCUGAUUAACCAAUCAGGUGCAUUUAUUCUACCAAUUAACCAAUCAAUUAACUGUGGCCUACUUCUAUUAAUUGUGGCCUGUGAGAGGUAGCUUAUAAUUUUGAACAUUUUCUAGGGGGACAUUCCCCCAGACCCCCUAUGAAGGUUUGCAGCUUUGCUGAAAAACUUACCUCAUUUCAAUGACUCAACACCAGCGCUCUGCCCAAUCAUAAAAUCACUUGCAUGAUCCCUGUUCCCGCAGACCAGAUAUCACCAAAUUAAACAAGUUCAGAAUAUAACUUCCACCACAAUAUAUUUCCCACAAUAAUUUUGUUAAUCCAUUGAGUCGCAUUGUGCCCUGAUGCACCCUACUUUAUUAUUUUACUCUGUCUAAUGCCAGACCAUUUUACUUGUCAAGGGGAGAGUGCUGCCACUUAAUGGGUUACGGUAACCAUGUGUUUAUAAUGAAUGUUUAUUAUGCAUCUGUGCACCAACAAAUUUUACUCGAAGGCCAACACAGAAUUCUUGUUUGUGCAAAUUAUCCAUUAUUGGAGUUAUUUUCUUUAGAUACAUGAUGUGGAAUAUUUUAUUGAAGAGCACCAUUUCAAAUUUUUUGUCAAACCUUAUUUUUUAAGGUUAGUUACAGUAUAUGGGCAGAAAUAUACAUCAAUAGUCAGUGUCAAUUUCAGAAUGUAACUUUUCGUGCCAAGCAUCGAUGAUUAUACUUUCUUGAGACCUUUGUCCUUGUUUUGUUAAUAAUAUUGUAGGUUAAAUUUUCCUGGAAAGAUUAUUGAAAAUGGUGAUGAGUCUGCAUCCUAUGAUGUUGAUAAAGGUACUGGACAUUUUUUGAACUUGAGACCUGUGGAGUUGGUGUAAUUUGCAGAAUGCACACGCAGAAAGCAACUUCUAUACUUUUGUACGUAAAAGCUGUCCGAAAGUGUUAAGGUUAACUAGGUUCCUAAACUUGUAAAAGCUGAGCAAAAGUACAGAAGUUGCAUUCUGCAUUCUGCAAAUUACACUCGCCGGGACCCGAGCAUUGAAAAGUGACUUGAAAUCGAUAUAUAAUACAUAUUCAUGUUAAACCAUACUCAUGCAUGAAAAGACAGGAACUGGCCUUCAUUCAAGUUUGGCUUCAAAUUUCAGGUUGCGUUUCAGUAUAUAUUUGUUUCAUUGGGUUGUAAAACUAUCUUGGGAAAGGGUCUGUCCAAGGCCGGAUUAACCACGUGGCAGAUGCGGCAUAUGCCGCAGGCCUCGCGCUUAUGGGGCCUCGCACUUUACUGUGCCACGCCCAUUUUUACAAGAACACGCCCAUUUUCUAUUGGGACACGCCCAUUUUAGGUGCCUCGCGAAUUUAGGGACCCGCGCAUUUGGGGCCCCAGUCUGUAGCUUUUCAUAGCGGGGGGUUGGGGGCCUCGUGCUGAAAAUCUGCCACAGGCCUCACGCGACGUUAAUCCGACCCUGGGUCUGUCGACAUUUUUUCUUUCGUUUUUGUUAUAGGAUUAUUCACAAUUCAUCUUCCAAAGCUCGUACCAGGUACACAUUUUCCUGACCUGGAUCUGGUGACUAAACUCCUUGCUCCAUCUGGCAAGUGUAAUGUAUCGAAGCCUGGGAUUGAGGUUAUUUCUGAAGAAAUGUCUUGUGAUGGUAAUGAUGAAGAAGAUGAUUUGGACUGGGAAUGGAAUCAGGAAUUGUAUGACGAGGAGGUACUGUAUGAGUUGUUAUCUUAAAGUACCAUAAUAGCAAGUAAUUUAAAAUGCAGAUAACCCAUGAUCGGUUGCACACAGGGGGCGAGAAUUUGAAAUUUUUAGCAGAGUUUAUAUUUAAGUUUUAUUUUUCACCUAGAGAAACUUGUACCGUACUCCCCAAAAAAUUUAAAUGUUGAUUGGGAUAAGGAUUUUGAAAUAAAUAAGACCAAAAGUCAAGACAAAAAAACAAGGAUUUUGAACUAAAUGAGACCCAAAGUCUCAACAUUUCCUGGGGGCUUUGCCCUAAGCCCCCUUACCCCAACUAGUAUUUGUGCCCCCAGGCCCCUGCUGCAGUUUGUUCGGCGGGGUUAUGUGCCCCGUCACUCACCUCCCACCUAAAUUUUCAGCACCCUCACCCCCAGAGCAAAAUCUGAAAAUUCGAUAAACCAAUCAGGUCAAACUCCGAAUUUUUUUUUGUGUCAGGUAUCGAUUUGUAUCAGGCCAUUUUCCACUUUCUUCUAUCCAAUUUAUAAUUUUAAUGACUGUUUUUCAGAAAGAACAACAGCUUGGUUUGGUUGGCAGCAAAUAUGGCUUUGCAAAUCAAAAGAGUGGUGUUUUUGUUCGCUUAAAA